CAGCGAGCCCCAGUUGUGGCCGGUGGGCAUGGUUUUGGAGGGUAGCUCAGAGGCGCUGUGUCCCCCCCCAUCUCUGGAGCUGCGCCCAUCCUGCAACAAGAGCCAGCCCUCGCCUCCUCUGGGCUCAAGCUCGCAACCCCACGACGGUGUCUUCCCUGAGGACAAGGAGCCCGUCAAGUACGGCGAGCUCAUCGUCUUAGGGCACAAUGGGUCACUGGCCAAUGGGGACAAGGGUCGCAGGAGAAGUCGCUUGGCCCUCUAUAAGAGACCUAAAGCCAACGGUGUCAAACCUGAUGUUAUCCACAAUGUUUCAACCCCACUGGUGUCAAAGGCACUCAGCAACAAAAGCCAGCACAGCAUCUCCUACACACUGUCACGGAGCCACUCUGUCAUUGUGGAGUACACCCAUGACACCAACACAGACAUGUUUCAGAUUGGCCGGUCCACAGAGAGCAUGAUCGACUUUGUGGUGACGGACACGGCGGGAAGCGGAGGCAGUCAGGGUGGUGGCGCAGCAGGGGAGGGCGGCGGUGGCGGAGGCCAGUCGGCCCAGAGCACCAUCUCCCGGUACGCCUGCCGCAUCAUGUGCGAACGCAGUGCUCCCUACACGGCCCGAAUCUACGCCGCCGGCUUCGACUCCUCCAAGAACAUCUUCCUAGGGGUUGAAAAUGAAUCAAACACCCUCCAAGAUGGCUCUCUGAUUGAUCUGUGCGGGGCUACCCUGCUGUGGAGGACCCCCGCUGGACUGCGCCACACCCCCACCCUCAAACAGCUGGAGUCUCUUCGCCAGGAGCUGAAUGCCGCCCGGCCCCAGUGUCCCGUUGGCUUCAACACCCUGGCCUUCCCCAGUCUGGCCCAGCGCGAGAUCGUCGACAAGAAGCAGCCCUGGGUGUACGUCAAUUGCGGCCACGUACACGGUUACCACAACUGGGGCUACCGCAAGGACAAGGGUCCCGCCGGCCCAGGGGGCACAGCCCCAGCCAGCACUGGGGAGAGGGAGUGCCCUAUGUGCCGGCGAGUGGGCCCCUACGUGCCACUGUGGCUGGGCUGUGAGGGAGGAUUGUACCUGGAUGCCGGGCCGCCCACUCAUGCUUUCUGCCCCUGCGGCCAUGUAUGCUCAGAAAAGACAGUGGUGGGGUGGAGCCAGAUCCCGUUACCCCAUGGCACCCAUGCCUUCCACGCUGCCUGCCCUUUCUGUGGUACCUGGUUGACAGGGGAGCAGGGCCACAUCAAACUCAUCUUCCAGGGCCCUGUUGACUGAAGCUCAGACCUGAACUGAUGGCAGACUGGACAGAGGUGGGCACGCUGAGUAAAGACUGUGUGCUGGAACAAAAAUCUGGACACUCAAGUGUGGGAUGAAAGAGAAAGCACUGAUGACAAGAACAAGAAAGGGACUGCUGACAUGAUGCAAUAGUAGACUGCAAGGCUUCAAAUGGAAUAUGAGGUGUAU